GACCCCGAUGCCCUCGGCGUUGCCGACACGAGGAACUUCUUCCUGGGCAACUCAUAUUCGGUAUACUCCGUCACCUGGCUUGUUCAACAGCUGUUUCUGGCUCGAGGACUUUUCGGUCGCGAGCGCCCCGCAGAGGCUCUGCUCGCGCGGGGCAGCUGCCCGCUGUCCUGGGGCGAGGUCGGCUCGUGCACGAAAAGCGCCGUCGAGCGCGACAGGAAGCUCGCAGCGCAGCUCACAGGGGAGUUCCUCGCGAUCAACGAUCGGAACGGGAGCGACAUCAGAUUGGGCGUUGGCCUGCCACAUCGACCACGGGCGCGGCCGAGAGCGAGCAUCAGCCCCUUCAGCUGGCACCGGCGGGCGUUCUCGCUGUGGCGGCAGGGCAGGGCCGACGUGCGCAUCGACGCGCGCGAGCUGCAGGCGGGCAUUGCGGCCCUGCUGUGGCGUUCGCGACCCGCGAAGCAUCUCAACGCCAGGUUCGCCCACCCGUUCGACUCCCAGGUCGCGGCCUCCAUCGCGACGAAGGGAGAUCACCCAGCGUCAGGCUCCAAUAGCUCCUGCGAAAAGUGGGCAGCCCUCUGCGCGGCAGGGGGCCUCUACCCCGUCAUGGGGUACAUCGCGACAGAGGGCGACCCGGCGCACUCGGCGAAGCGCAGUACUCGACUGAGGCUGCUCAGAGUUUCGGCCGCCACGCUGGGCCGCCACAGGGCCGCCCUCAGAACGGUGCUCGACCAUUGGGGCGCCGCGGGGUUGCAGCCUUCAGAGCCCCUGGACGUUGACGAGGGCGUCUCCGAGUGCAUCGAGAUGCUGUGGGGCGAGGACCAGCCCGUCAGCAAGGCGAACUAUGCAGUCGCCUCCGUCGAUUUCUUUUUCGCCUCAGUGCAGCAGAGCCUCGGGCUGUCCUGGAGUCUCCUGAAGGCCUGGAGGCGGCGCGAGCCGCCCGUGCGAGCCUUGCCGUUCACGCCGGAGCUCAUCCUAGCGAUGGCCGCCGUCGCCAUCGAGCGCAGAGGCUGCUGCGCACGACAGCUCGAGCUGUUCACCCUGCGCAAGAAAUUGGUUGCGACCAUCAGCGGCGAUGCCAUUGUGCGACUGCCUGAGACCAAGACCGUCCACCGCAAAGCGACAACGGGGAUGGUCGCCGUGGACUGCCCCAUCGCGGCGCAGCUAGCGAGGCAGUGGUACGACGGCGCGGCGCCGCUGGAGACCACCAGCAGGCGACCGCCAUCACAGCUCAGAGCUUGCCUCCAGAAGCUGCCGGGUUUCUUCCACCUCGACGGUUUCCGUUUAUCCAGGUACUCGUGCCGCCGCGGCGGCGCCACCUACGACUUCAUGCCCCACCAGAGCAUGGAAACAACGAUCAUGCGAGGCCGCUGGGG